AUGGAAGAAGUUCAUGGAGGACUCUUGAAGGCAGAGGACAUCUUGCACGUUUUACGCGAUCGCGUAGCUGAACUGCCUGGUACCAGAGAUAGAAAGGGCCGUCCAGUAAUUGUUUUUCCUGCUCGUGAUACGCCAGUAAACCCCGACCAUACUAGGAAUAUUCUUCUUUACCUUCACACCGUCACAUCGGAUGAAUACAAAGAGCAUGGCUUUGUUUUCAUUAUCGACAUGCGACGAGGGACAACAUGGAGUCAUGUGAAACCAGUUUUAAAAGCUAUUCAGGACCACUUUCCUGCUGCUGUUCAUGUUGUUCUGAUAAUUAAACCAGAUAACUUUUGGGAAAAGCAUAAAACUUCCGUUUCAAGUGGCAAAUACAAGUUUGAAGUUCAGAUGAUUUCUGUAGAAAAUUUGGUGAAAUAUAUUGAACCUUCUCAACUUACUCGUGAGUUUGGCGGGACACUGUCUUACGACCACGACGAAUGGCUUGAGAUAAGAUUGGAGCUGGAGAAGUUGAUCUGGCAAAUGAUUGAUGUUCGGGAAAAUUUUGAAGCUUAUAGGAAAGAAAUUGAGAAUGCUGCAUUACCGGUAGAUGUAGCCACCGCUCAGAGAGCCACGGCUGCUCAUGUUGCUUUGAGAAAAAAGAUUAUUACUCAGCGCAUAUGUGGCUCAUCGAACUCUGCCAAUGAAAACGGAUUUACUUCUCCAAAUGGUUAUCCAGGAGUUAAUCCAGAUUUAGCUUCAGCAUUGCCUCAUCUUACAGCUUUGGUUGAGCGAUUAAGAGAAGAAAUAUUUGUUAAGUGGGAGACCCUGAGACAAAAAUUGGAUCAUUGUUACCAGUUAAAGUUGUUUGAGCAAGAUGCGGAAAAGAUGUUUGAGUGGAUCCGUACACAUUUUGCCUUGUCAACCCAAAAAUUUUUGGAUAUCGGAGAUUCUGAACAAAGUACCGAACUUUUGAUUGCAGAACAUCGAGAAUUCGAAAAGGCAGCUAAUAAUACAGAGGUGAAUGUUUCGCAUGUUAUGACUGUCGCAAAACGGUUAAGAGAGAUUGGGAAUUAUGGGAAAGCGCAAAUUGAAAGUGUAGCGAUGAGGUUGGAAGAGGAGUGGAGGCGUUUCAAAACUGCUGUGGAUGAGCGGACAAAACUGCUUGAUCUUGCAUUGGCUUUUCACCAUAAAAGUUUUUUAUACUUGUCUAAUUUUACGGGUUGGAUGGAGACAAUCGGGGAAGGUAACAGUAUUAGACAGUGUACUGCUGAUGAAUUGGAGAACGCAAUUGCGGAACAUAAACGUUUUGGGGAAAAUUUUGUUCAGGUUUAUGCUGAGGCAGUAGGCAAUGGCCGCGCCUUAACACAUAGGCUCAAGUCUCUUGGUGGGGAAGGUAUGGUACAAAAUGAAUCAUUUCGGUUUGUUGACGAUGUUAUUCAAAAAAUAACCCGAGCUCACAGAGAACUUUACUCUCAGUGGGAAUCAAGGAAAUUGAAAUUGCAUUCUCGUUUGGCUCUUAUUGCGUUUGAAACUGAUACUCGUUUGGUUUUACAAUGGCUUGAGCAACACGGCGAUGGAUAUUUGAACAAGAACACAUCAAUUGGUUUGAAUCUUUCGCAGGCAAAGGUUUUACAGAGGAAUCAUUCCCAUUUUCGUUCAGUCGCUUCUAAUACGUAUUCUAAUGCUGAAAAACUUUUUACUGCAUCAAAAACGAUAAUUGAAACGGGUGAGGGGGAUGCGAAGCAAAUGAGUGCAGUAGUUGAAGAGCUAAGACGACGCAUCGAACAAUUCUCUGCAAAAGUUGAGGCUCGGCGUCUGCUUUUGGACAAAUCUGUCCUGUUUUACACUCAUUAUAACGAAAUGAUGCAGUGGUAUGGUAGAAUGGAAGCUAAAGGUGUUACGUAUGAGAAAGUCUCAACAAGUGUUAAGGAAGGUGAGCAUCGUAAAGAAGAAUGGAAUGCAGAAUGUGAGGCGACGGUGCAGGCUUUCAAAACAACUAUGAAAGAAGGUGACCAAUUAGUAAGGGCUUUGGAGCAGCAGGCAAGAAGUAUGAAUAUCGACAACACUGAAACCAUUCGUGUUGUCGAAGGGCUCGUUAGUGAGAUAGAACAGCGUCAUAAGAAACUUGCUGAUACAUGGCCUCGACAAAGGAGUGCAUUGCAGUUGGCAGUUCGGUUUGCUGUAUUUAUUCAUGAAUGCAAACAGAUAAUUCAACAGCUACAGAAUUGGCAAGAUGAUAUGAUCGCACUGAUGCGUUCAGACAGUUUUGCCGAAAGGGCGGAACGCAUUCUUCCUUACCAAGAAGAAAAUACUGAACAGGUCAAAAAUGCUGUACGUGAUAUUAUGAACGCGGCUGCUCAGCUUAACCAGGCCUUGGAUACCAGUGAAACCCGUUUGACGGAUAGUGAGGGAGUUCCUGCAUCUGAAUUGGUCAGUAAAAGUGUAGAACAGUUGUCUUUUCGACAGCACGAGGUAAUGCAGGUGGCUCGUGAAACUCGUUUAAGGAUUGAUAGAUGUAUGCAACUCAGCCGUGUUCGUGCUUUAGCUUUACAAACAAUAUCGAUGAUGGAUCGCGAAGAAUUGAAUUUGCUUCGCGCAAAUUUGAUUCCAUCUAAUUUGGAGGAAGCGUUGCACGCUCAAAGUAUUCAUGGGAAUUUUCAACAUGCUAUGGAGCAAACUCAGCAGACGUAUGCGAAUUUUGUGGAGAAGACUGAACAGCUAAUCAAAGCUGGGAGUGUUGAUAUAGAUGCUGUUGGGGAACUCAACGAGCAGGUUAGGAGCAAAUGGCGUGGGUUGGUUGGGCUUAUUGAAGAACGGAAUAAGUUGAUCCAAGCUGCUAUUGGGUGCUAUAAAACUCUUCACCAGGGACUGCUUCCUAUACUGGACCAGUUAGAAAAAGAAUAUAGUGCUGGCGCUGUAAAAGACUGGUGUAAAGAGUGCAGUAGUAGCAGUGAUAGAGUAGAAUAUAUCUCUGGCCUUUUGUCAAAGCAUAUGGAUUACAAAGAGAGGUUUAUAAAAGGAACUUCGUAUGCACAGAAGAAUUCUGAGUUAUUUCUCAAAUAUAUUCGAAGACUUCAUUCACAAAAAUCCUCACAUACGGAUUAUAUACGGACCCACGAACUUCGGUUGUUAAAAACGAAGGAGGUUCUGCGGGAUAGACAACAAAAAAUUUUAGAUUUAUGGAACAAAAAGAAAAAGCAGCUAGAUUGUUGUCAACAGUCUGUGCUGCUAGAAGCAUCAGCAAACCAGAUACUUAGUUGGAUUGAACAGGAUGGUGAAAGUUUUUUAAAACUAUGUUUUGGACGGCAGUUGGUAGGAGCUCGCAGAGAGCAAAUUGAUUCUUACACUGAGGAAUUCAAUACUUUCAUGGUUGAUGUUAAGCAACAAAGAGCGAAGGUCAGAAUGCUACUUGAAAUGGCUCAGAAGCGUUUAUCAGAUGCUACAUUUGAUGACACACAUGGAAAAGAGGUAGAGGAUUGGAUGGGAACAGUCAGGUCGCGAUUUGAAAAAUUUUGCUCUCGGUUGAAUGAGUAUGAGAACAAUCUUUCUUCAAUCUCGGGGCGGAAAUCUGAGCUUAACAAAACGAAAGAGGAGCUGUCACUUGAUCGUCAUAGCGAUUCCAGUUUGGAGUCAAAGAUCGAUUCAUCAAGGCUAGGUAACGAGGCAAACAGGAAAGUGAGAGAGCCUAUGAUGGAGUUAAUCAAAUCGGAAAGAGAUUAUAUUGAUGAUCUUCGUCGCUGUAUAAGUAUUUAUCUAGAAGCAUACAGAUUUGCUGAAAAAACGGUUCCUGCAGCUAUUCGGAAUAAGGAAAGGGAGAUUUUCAGUAACAUUGAUCAACUUUAUAGGUUUCAUAGCGAAAUGAUUUCUCUGUUUUCACUUAGGAUUUUCCUGCCUCAGCUAGAAAAAUAUGAAAAUGAUCCUGAAGAAGUUGGUUGUUGCUUUGUUUUCUCAGUUGAAACCUUAAACAAUUUGUAUACAGAAUAUUGUGUAAACAAGGAGCAAAAUAAUUACCUCAUUGGUUUGCCGGAAGCAAUCGAAUUUUUUUCUGUAAGUGUAGAAUCAGGAUUCAGACGAAUGAUUUAAAG